AUGAACCACCUGCACAAGAGGAUCAACCUGCAAAAGAAGAACCUGCACAAGAAAAACAACCUGCACAAGAACACUCACACAACAAAAACCUGCACAAAAGGAUCAACCUGUACAAGGAGAACAACCUGUACAAGAAGAACAACCUGCACCCAGAGAACAUCCUGUACAAGAGGAACAACCUGCCCAAAAGGGUCAACCUGCACAAGAACAACCUGCACAAGAAGAACAACCUGCACAAGAACACUCACACAACAAAAACCCGCGCAAGAGGAUCAACCUGUACAAGAAGAACAACCUGUACAAGAACUACAACCUGCUCAUGAAGAACAACCUACAUAA